CAUAUCUGGACACUAGAGGGUAGUUACUCACUGAUUGGAGCAAUCGGAAGUUCAGAACGUGUGCACACUAGCAUAAUCAAAACAAUGAAAGCGAUAAUCCAAAGAGUGACUAAAGCGAGUGUGACAGUGGGAGAGGAAGAGGUCAGUUCCAUAGGACGAGGUCUGUGUGUACUUCUUGGAAUAUCGGUGGAAGACACGCAGAAGGAUGUGGACUACAUUGUCAGAAAGAUCCUCAACCUGCGUGUGUUUGAGGACGAGAACGGGCGCGCUUGGAGCCGGAGUGUGAUGGAUCGCGACUACGAGGUGCUCUGCGUCAGCCAGUUCACCCUGCAGUGCAUCCUGAAGGGCAACAAGCCUGACUUCCACUCCGCCAUGCCCGCAGAGCUGGCGCAGCCUUUCUACAACCACAUUCUGGAGACCAUGAGGACCGCCUACAAGCCUGAACUCAUCAAAGGUUGGGGACUAGAGGACGGAACAGCACGGUGCAUUACUUCGUUGAUCUCCGUGGGGAAUUGCACUCUUGACUGCAGCAUAAGCAACAGCAAAAUACAAAAAUACAUCACACAGGGAAAAUUCUCAUCUAAUCUGUGCAGUAUUUGGAAAGAGGAGGAAUAGUAUUGCAACUGUAAAUUAGAUAGAUAUUGUAAGUUAUAUAAUUGUGUGCGUAAAAUACGUGGUUGAGGGAUGUGCUUAACUGUUGAGUCUGUAUGACUCUGAGAUAAGCCAUGAGCCUCGUGUCUAUAGUCUUACAAUCCCUCCUUUCCUGCACUGUUGCUACAGUGCCAUAACCCAUUGACACAUCGCUGAUCCGGGGUUUGUUGACUGGAACACAAGGCUUUCACCUCUUCCAUGGGAGCUUGUCUUUUCCUCGCACGAAGAGGUCUUUCUCAAACAUAGGGGUGCUGCUCAGUUCAGCACCAUUGUAGAUAGAUAAUAGGCUUCUAGGUUAUAGUUCACCAUUUCGGUAAGAUAUAUACGUAUAUAUUUAGAGCAGGUUCAUCUGAGGUUUGGGCCUGAUAUUUCCUAUGCCAGUGAAUCACCAUGGGGAAUAUAAGGACUGGGGUGACAGGACGGCUGUUAGUGUGUUCAUGCUGGGAUCAGUAUAAUUGCUGGGGGACCUAUUAUAGUUAAAGGUUGUGGUGGUCUCCACUCUAGAGGGGGGGGGGGGGGGGGGCUAUAUUAACCUCCCCAGGUUGCGCUGACGGCGACGGUGUCGGCGGUGACUGUGUUGGAUCUGGGUCAGUCCACCGGGGAGCUGCAGGUGCAGGAGGACUCCUCGUCCCGGGCAGGGACACUCAAGCUUCCCUAAUUAGUCCUCCUCGCUCUCUUUCUCCCUCUCUGUCUCUCUCUUUCUCCCUCUCUUUCUCCCUCUCUCUCUCUCUUUUUCUCCCUCUCUAUCUCUCUCUUUCUCCCUCUCUCUCUCUCUCUCUUUUUCUUCUCUUUCUCUGGGCAUCUCUUUCCUCUCUUUUUCCUUGCUCUCUCUCUCUCCCUCUCUCUCUCUCUCUCUCUCUCUCUCUCUCUCUCUCUCUCUCUCUCUCUCUCUCUCUCUCUCUCUCUCUCUCUCUCUCUCUCUUCACCCCCCCCCCCUUGCUUUCUCUGGAGUGGAAACAUGAUGAUGUAGCGCUUUAUUUCUCCCCUAUCCCCCCCCCUCUCCAGUGUUUCUUUAUACAGAUGGUGUCAUAAAUCUACCCUGGUAAAGAAAGGAGAGCAUUUAAGUUUUAACUUACUCCCC